UGUAUUGUAUUUCCUUUAAAUAAUCAAUUUAUAUCUCAAUGUUUUGUAAUAUUGUUGGCAGAGGUUACCAACCUUGCGUUGCAUAAGCCUGCAAAUCAAUCAUCAACGCAUGCAUGGGCAGAAGUGGCCUACUCAGCCAAUUUGGCAGUUGAUGGCAACAACGGUACAGACUUUGUCGUAGACAAGUGUGCCAGCACAGAGGGUGAAGACACGAAUCCGUGGUGGUUGGUGGAUCUGCAGGCCGUGUAUUCCAUCAGAUCUGUAAGAAUAUUCAAUAGAGGAGUGGACAAGUGGGGACAAGAUGUGUCAGACCGUCUGCGGAAUGUCACCGUCACUGUAAAACUGACAGAAUCAGAUGUCGACACUCCCUGUGGUUUCUUUGCUGGUCCCGGUACUCUGUCACAGCUGGUCGUCAUCGACUGUCCGACAUUACCACAGGGGAGAUUCGUACAGAUCUCAAUAAUCACUGAGUAUCUCACUCUUUGUGAAGUUGAAGUGCUUGGAUACUCUAUCUAA